AUGCCUAUUUAUAUCGAUAAUGACUCUGACCUUGCUAGACUCAUUAUUAUAGACUUGCAUUGCAACAAUGCUCACUGUGGCAAAGAUUACAUACUGUCUCUGGCUAGACAGAAAUAUUGGAUCCCGCAGCCAUCAAGAGCAAUUAAGAAGUACAUAAAAGAUUGUACUAUUUGUAAGAGAUGCCAAGGCAUGCCUUUUGGAGCUCCAGAGAUGCCACCACUACCAUCAGAUAGGGUGACAAUAAGCAAACCGUUUCAAAACGUAGGAUGUGAUUUUAUGUUUCUCAGUAGUUUUAUUGGAUUUGUAUGGCGUAGAGGUGUACCUCUUUUAAUGAGAACAGACUGUGGAUCAAAUUUCAAACUUGGUCAGAAAAUAAUUGAAAAGUUGUUCGAAAGUGAUGAAACAACAGGGAAUUCAGUAAUGAAUUACUGUGCCUCGGAGGGCAUUAAAUGGAUUUUUAACCCACCAGCAUCUCCAUGGAUGGGUGGUGUAUGGGAAAGGCUUGUUGGAUCUGUGAAAAGAAGUUUCCAAAAGUCAGUUGGAAGAAAGAAACUGUCAUUUGAACAGAUGGCUACUGUAGUCACUCGUAUAGAGGCAAUUAUAAAUACGCGUCCACUCACAAAACUCUCAGCAACUGAUCUUUCUGAAAUUCCACUCAGACCUAUUGAUUUUCUACAAGGAAAUUUCAAAUUCUCAAUUCCAAACUCGGAAAUGUCCAACUUCAGAAACGAUCCCACAUUUGAGCCAGAGUUGAUACAGACAGCUGCUCGAGCUUAUGAAGCGCUUGCAUCUUCAGAAAACAUUGCAACAAAGUUCUGGGAGAAAUGGAACACUGAAUAUCUUACUAUUUUACGUGACAGCCAUAGAUUUCAAUUGAAUCAGAAACGUCAUGUGAAUAAAACCCCACAAGUCGGCGAAAUUGUUUUGGUUGAACAGGAAUUACUGCCCAGAGGACAAUGGGUAUACGGUAAAGUAGAAGAUUUAGUACGAAGCGCAGAUGGCAUGAUAAGGACCGCUAAAAUUCUAAUGUCUAGCCGCAAAAUUUUGCAGAAACCAGUUAAUAAAAUAUACCCUCUAGAAAUUCGUUCAGUGCCUGACAACCAGCAAUCGGUUGAACGAAACUCUGAGAUCAUGGAUAAUGAUAUCCAUAUCCUAACUACAACUCAGUCUAGGAAUCAUCUAGCCAGAACCUCCAAAUCUCGCGCUUUAGACGUCAUUCGAGAAUUCGAAACAGACCUCGACAGAUCGAUGACCCCUACAUCUGCUCGAUCAACAGUAUCCUGCCUAAUAACGGCAAUGUUAUCCUUGUUUCUAAUCAACCCUGAUAAUGCGCAACUAAACACCAGUAUUACUUGUAAUGAAGGUAUCGCGUUUAUAACACCUCCUAGAGGACAAUUCGAAUUGUGCUUUGGUCAUGAAUGCAAGUCAUUCAAAAAUGUUACGGAAGAAAUUAGGUAUACUCUUCCUGUUUCACCAUUGGACAAGUCUGUAACGGUUAAACUACGUUUCUACUUGGGAAACGAAAUAAUAACAAUGAUCGAAAAAUGUGAGCGUCAUGAAUUUUGCGCAGCAUCUUCAACAAUAUUGAGUAGAGCACUCUUAGGAAAUCCACACUGUUGGCCAUUUGGCGCCAUUCUUACUGUAUCCAUAAUCUUGUACUCUAUUCCCGCAGCAAUGAUUGGUGUGGUCCAUACGCAAAUGCCGAAAACAAAGGCGGAGAAGUACUAA